GGAGGGGCCCGGGCCACGCGCGCCGCUGCCGCCGCCCACGCGCGACCCUCGGGGGCCCGGCUGCGACGCCCCUUUGUCCGGGGGGGGCCCCCCCGCUUCAUGCCGCCGCCCCCCACGCGCCGCGUGCCCGGCCGCGCCCAGCAGGCUUUCCAGGCCUGAGGUGCCCGCCCUGGCCCCAGGAGAAUGAACCAGCCGCAGAGGAUGGCGCCUGUGGGCACAGACAAGGAGCUCAGUGACCUCCUGGACUUCAGCAUGAUGUUCCCGCUGCCUGUCACCAACGGGAAGGGCCGGCCCGCCUCCCUGGCCGGGGCGCAGUUCGGAGGUUCAGGCAAGAGCGGUGAGCGGGGUGCCUAUGCCUCCUUUGGGAGAGACACAGGCGUGGGCGGCCUGACUCAGGCUGGCUUCCUGUCAGGCGAGCUGGCCCUCAGCAGCCCCGGGCCCCUGUCCCCUUCGGGCAUGAAGGGGGCCUCCCAGUACUACCCCUCGUACUCCAGCAGCUCCCGGCGGAGAGCGGCGGACGGCAGCCUAGACACGCAGCCCAAGAAGGUCCGGAAGGUCCCGCCGGGUCUUCCAUCCUCGGUGUACCCGCCCAGCUCAGGUGAGGACUACGGCAGGGAUGCCGCCACCUACCCGUCCGCCAAGACCCCCAGCAGCGCCUAUCCCGCCCCCUUCUACAUGGCAGAUGGUAGCCUGCACCCCUCAGCCGAGCUCUGGAGCCCCACCGGCCAGGCGGGCUUCGGGCCCAUGCUGGGUGCGGGCUCGUCCCCCCUGCCCCUCCCGCCUGGCAGCGGCCCCGUGGGCAGCAGUGGAAGCAGCAGCACGUUUGGUGGCCUGCACCAGCACGAGCGCAUGGGCUACCAGCUGCACGGAGCAGAGGUGAACGGCGGGCUUCCGGCUGCAUCCUCCUUCUCCUCGGCCCCCGGAGCCACGUAUGGCGGCGUCUCCAGCCACACGCCGCCGGUCAGCGGGGCCGACAGUCUCCUGGGCUCCCGAGGGACCACAGCUGGCAGCUCCGGGGAUGCCCUCGGCAAAGCACUGGCCUCGAUCUACUCCCCGGAUCACUCAAGCAAUAACUUCUCGUCCAGCCCUUCCACCCCCGUGGGCUCGCCCCAGGGCCUGGCAGGGACGUCACAGUGGCCUCGAGCAGGAGCCCCUGGUGCCUUAUCGCCCAGCUAUGAUGGGGGCCUCCACGGCCUGCAGAGUAAGAUAGAAGACCACCUGGACGAAGCCAUCCAUGUGCUCCGCAGCCACGCCGUGGGCACAGCCGGCGACAUGCACACGCUGCUACCUGGCCACGGGGCGCUGGCCUCGGCUUUCACUGGCCCCAUGUCGCUGGGCGGGCGGCACGCAGGACUGGUUGGAGGCAGCCACCCCGAGGACGGCCUUGCAGGUAGCACCAGCCUCAUGCACAACCACGCGGCCCUCCCCAGCCAGCCAGGCGCCCUCCCUGACCUCUCUCGGCCUCCUGACUCCUACAGUGGACUAGGGCGAGCAGGUGCCACGGCAGCUGCCGGCGAGAUCAAGCGGGAGGAGAAGGAGGACGAGGAGAAUACGUCAGCAGCUGACCACUCGGAGGAGGAGAAGAAGGAGCUGAAGGCCCCUCGGGCCCGGACCAGGUGCCAACCCACCCCUCGGCCCUCCCCACCCCCAACCCAUCAGGAUACACAUGUGCACAGGCCACACGCACACCGCACCCACACUGGGAGGCCGUCGGCGGGCCCCACGCUCUUCCCCCAACCUCACUGUCUCCCUCUGGCCCCCUCCCGGCGCCCUCCCCGUAGCCCAGACGAGGACGAGGACGACCUUCUCCCCCCAGAGCAGAAGGCCGAGCGGGAGAAGGAGCGCCGGGUGGCCAAUAACGCCCGGGAGCGGCUGCGGGUCCGUGACAUCAACGAGGCCUUUAAGGAGCUGGGGCGCAUGUGCCAACUGCACCUCAACAGCGAGAAGCCCCAGACCAAACUGCUCAUCCUGCACCAGGCCGUCUCGGUCAUCCUGAACUUGGAGCAGCAAGUGCGAGAGCGGAACCUGAAUCCCAAAGCAGCCUGUUUGAAACGACGAGAAGAGGAAAAGGUGUCGGGUGUGGUUGGAGACCCCCAGAUGGUGCUUUCAGCUGCCCACCCAGGCCUGAGCGAAGCCCACAACCCCGCCGGGCACAUGUGAAAGGGACACAGGCUCAUGCUCUGCACUCUGGCUGAGGGGAUGCCACUCAGGAGCCAGCACAGGACACUCCCCAACCCCCAGCAUGUCCCCAUUACACCGGAGGGCCAUCGUGACGUAGACAGGAUGCCAGGGGCCUGGCCGGCCUCCCCCAGUGCUGGGGAGCAUCCCUGGGCCUGGGGCCACACCUGCUGCCCUCCCUCUGCGGGGUCCAAGGGCAAGAGUGGCUGGAGCCACUGACGCCUGGAGGUGGCUGGUCUGAGCCCCAUGAAGGCCUUGGGCUGCACAUCCGACCCUGCUGCAGGACCAGCAGGGUGGCUCCUCGGGCCCAUCUGUGUCCUGUAUCCCAGCACCCAGGCCUCUCUCCAGGUCCCCUUUUCUGGUCUUUGCCAUGAGAGUAACCAGCUCUUCCCAGCUGUCUGGGGACUGUCUUGGGUUUAAAACUGCAAGUCUCCUACCCUGGGAUCCCGUCCAGUUCCACAUGAAGUACAGCGAUGGUCACUGUGGCACCCAGGUGUGGGCUUGGCUAGCUUGGGUGCCUUCAUGUGCCCUUCGUGCUCCUCCCUGCAUUGAGGCCUUGUGGACCCCUGGGCUGGCUGUGCUCACCCCAGCAGUAGGUCGGGCGUCUCCCCCCGUGCCACCCCUGAGACUCCCACCAUUACCCCAAAGAGAGCCUGGACUGCCUGACUACCCUCCCCAGACUGGCUUGGGAGCCUGGGCCCCAUGGCAGAUUCAAGGGAAACCGCAAGGCCAGCUCAAGGCCUGGGAUCUGCCCCCAGUCCCGGCCAGGCGGAGGGGAGGGGCUGUCCGACUGUCUCUCCCUUCUCGGAGGCUUCCCCUGCUCCCCGGGGGUUUGAUCUCUUAAGGGCACCUGCCUCUCCCUCGUUUUGCUCCUGGCGCUGCCCCUGGGUCUGGGUUGGGCAGUGGCCCCGUAGCCUCUGGAACUGUGCGUUCUCCAUAGAAUUUAAACGAGAUUCACCCACCGCAAGGAGGAAGAAACAGCAGUUCUGGGGGACCACAAUUAUGGGGGGGUGGGGGGGUGCGCUCUGAGUGCCUCAAGAUGGUUUUCAAAAAAAAUUUUUUUAAAGAAAAUAAUUUUAUACGUGUCAACACAGCUGGCUGGAUUAUUGGGACUUUUAAACGAUCCUUUUUCAAGUGGAUUCAGAGACCUGUCCUGUAUAUAACAGCACUGUAGCAAUAAACGUGACAUUUUAUAACGAU